CGGAAGUCGAUGUGUUUAUGAAUUUUAAUAAACUUGUUUUUUUUUCUUCUUUGUGUUCUGCUGUGAGCAGUCGCUGGCGGCCACAGCCGCGCUGACAAAGGAGGUGAUUUGUUAGUCUUUACAGCCCCGUUAGUGUCUCCGGUUCGAGUCUUCUGAUGGCGGAGAGUCCGGACAGCAACGUCCGGCAGCGGACACACAGCGGCGGCACCGGCCCGACGGUGAGAGACGGUUACAGCGGAGACAUGUUCACCUGCAGUGUGCUGCUAUGAUCAAUAAAUAUAUGCAUUCAUCUGCAUGUAUGGUUAAUGCAUUAGUGUUUGUGUAGGUCCGCCUGCAGGGUUGUGUAUUGAGGGCAGCGACGUCAGCGGGCUGCAGGAGCUCCUCGCUAUCUUUUUUCUUUUUUGAAUGCAGAGUAUUUCAAUCUACCCCAACAUCAAAGUUCAUCGAGUUUUUCUCUUGUUUAAAAAUGAACAUUUUACGUGCAAUUGUUGGAACAAGACUGAACUAAUGCACUACCAAACCUAAAUAUCUCAUUUAUGAGUGUAGGUUAUUACUCAGAGGGUUAAACUGAUUGUGUAUUUCAAGACCCUGAUCAGCUGGAGGGGCUUUGGUUUUUAUUCGUGUUCUUUUUUUAUUGCCUAUUUUGCUUGUUACUUGGAAACGAAGAGCUCUGGGCUGAGCAUGAAAGUGAGGAGUGAUGGCAUUUAACACCCAGUUAGGAAAGGGCCUCUGAAAACACAGCACUUGAAAAGUCUAUUUAAUUUGUAUUAAUCUUAUUUUAGACAGAUUACAGUAAUGAAAUUACUGAGGGCGUUUUCCCUUCUGAAGCUUGUUUUCUUUGUAAUGAUUCCGAUGAUAAAAUGGUACAGUGUUGCAUUUUUCUCACAGCUCUUUUUGUGUUCACACUGUUACACUUUAGAGCAGACCAAAGCAGACACCAGUCUAAUCUUUUCAUUCUUUCUUUCUUUUUUUUUAUCAGUGAGUGGAAAAAUAAAUGUUUGUAAUGAUUGCAGUUGAAAUUAAACAGUUAAAAAUGGUUCAAGCUAGUGUCAGCAUUUUUGUUAGCAGUCUGCCAUAAAAUCUCUAUGAUAGCUACAAUAUUAUAUUAACUUAAACAUAGCUUGACAUCAUGAAUAGAAUUUGGCUUACCACACUUCUCCAGUUUACAAGCAUGCAUCAAGCAUAAUAACAGUGGCAUAAUUUACAUGGUGAACCGCCCUCCUACAGGUGGUGAAGGUGGAGUCAGGCCUGUCAGAUUUGCCGGUCCUCAGCCCCUCACACGCAGCAGAGCUUCACUUCUUGCGGUCACGUGUUCGAGAGCUAGAGAGAGAAAAGGUGGAGCUGUCAGCAGAAAACCAGAGACUGAAGAACAUGCUGGUCCAUGGUGAGUCAAUUUGUUACAACAAUGUUACAGUUUCAUUUAGCAAAUGCUUUUAUCUAAAAUGAACAUCACAUUCAAGAGCAAGAACAACACAAGCAAAGAUCUAGACAAGAGGAAACAAGAUCAGUAAGAUCAACAAAGUGUUUCAAGUCUGUUUGGAGGCAGGUACUGCCAGCAGUGUAAAGGCAAUGCACAGGGUACAAGAAGGGUUUUUUUUUUCUGUUUCUUCUUGUUGAUGAACUACAACAAAACAGCAACCAAUCAAUUUAAGAACCUUUCCUCAUCACCAUCAAUUAAAUUUGUCUUCAACACAAUAAUGACCAAAGUACCAAGUGUUGUGUCACUCACAAAGAGCUGGGCACGAAAAUCCCAGAGUAGAGCAGGACAGAAAGAGUCGACUGUAGCUCAAGACCAGUGGCGGCUGCUGGUCUUUCAAGGAGGGGAAGGUCAUUUUUCUGGCCUACAUCAUAAUUGUGUUUGUUUAUUUGUAUGUAACAGAACAGAGUCGCCAAACACAACGGCAGUCGUUUUUAACAAAGACAAAAGUCGCUGAGGAUCGGUAAAGUCUCCGGAGCAGUUAAGAACAACGGAAUGAAUAACUUGAAAAAUGCUCUGGUAGAUGUUUUAUUCUUCAAGAUCGUUGAUUCGCUUGUUUAGCUGUCAAUCAAAAAAGGAUUUCGCCUCAGACAGCACAUUCAAUCAUGGAUGCAGAAGCUCAGCGUCCACGAGAAAGUUGGGACCGCCCUCUCGUCAUAGAACUCCAGAGACGCUGAGCGUCCGAUGGGCAGGACAAAGCCCAGCAUUUAUCCAAUGAGCGUCUAGUUUCGCUGCUGGAACAACCCACUUUGAGCUUCCACAUUGAAGUCAGCAGACGCUGAGCGUCAGGCUGUGUGAAGCGCUGAGGCGCUGUGAGGAUGAAUGAGAACGAAGUUAUGCCGGUUACCUGUGAUUAUCAGCUUCUUAUCACAGUGUGAUAAGAGUUCUGAACAAAGAUGAAGGCUUUCUAGCGCGUAUUUAGUUAAUGAAAUGAACACACAGCAGUACGUAUUUCACCACUUUUCUUUUUUUUGGGGGGUGACAUUUUAAGGGAAGCUGAGCUUCCCUGCAGUCUUUGAGCAAUUGCACUGCUCAAGACUCAUUUAACCACUGGGGACACCAAUAGAGACUAGUUUAGCCAAGUGCAUUGUGUUCUCUGAAUGGCUGGGUCUUUAAUGAACAUAGAGAGGGACUCUGCUGAUCGAAAGGAGUUGGGUAAUUUAUUCCACCAAGGGUUGGGCUGGUGACUUUGGGGCCUGAUGUGCUGGAAGCACCAGGCACCUCUCAGUGGCUGAGCAUAGUAGGUGAAAAGGGGUGUAGACCUGGAUGAGGGGUUCCAGGUAAACUGGAGCAGUUUUGGUUACUGCUUUGUAAGCAGUUAUCAGAGUUAAAGCGAGGAGUGACGUAAGCUGUCUUGGGAUGGUUGGUGACAACAUGUUCUGCUGCAUUCUGGAUCAUUUGCCGAGGUUUAACUCUACAUGCAGGGAGGCCUGCCAGUAAGGAGUUGCAGUAGUCAAUGUGUGAUAUUACAAGAACCUGAACCAGGAGCUGUGCUGCAUGUUCUGUCAGAUAGGGUCUGAUCCUCUUGAUGAUAUAGAGGGCAAAUCAGCACGACUGAGCAGUUGAGGCAACAUGAACCCUGAAGGUUAGCUGGUCAUCUGUCAUGUCACCCAGAUUUAGGGCAGGUAUGAGUUUAUUUGAGUAAUAUUGAAUUUCAAUAUCACUCACAUAAUGGUUUGUUAGUCCAUGGCUGAAGGUCAGAAAAGAGUCCUUUUUUUAACUUACUGUGACAAGCUGACAUCUGGACAUCUACUUUUCUCCUUCAGAUUUAAAGGUGGGAUUGGCAGGAUCUGAGGAAGUGCCAGUUUUUGGGAAAAAUCUUGAAUGUAAACACUACCCCUACCAACUAAUUUCCCCCUCAGCACCACCUCUCUCCUCCCUCUCUGCUCCAGCAAGCCCUGCCCAUAAAACAGACGCUCUUGCUCGCUUGUAUCGCUUCAAUUAAAUUCAGAUAUAAUGCAGAUAAAUACUUCAGAUAAUUACAAAUGGGGCCCAGUCAACAUUAAAAUAAAAAGCAUUGUCAUGACUGCAGAUGCUGACAGACUACCAGCAAACACAAUGUUUGCAGGACUUCUACAACUAGGUUAAAGUGACAUACUCCAGGACCUGAGAUAAACAGUUUAGUGGCGCUACAACACGCAGCAGGUCCCGUCGCACGAGAAACACUUUUGUUACAGACAAGGGGUCCGUAAGAUCCCGGAGCAUGCCCCACUGUUUAUGCCUUUUGACAUUGACCAUUCUAGCUCUUGUCCAGUCUACCUCCUUUUAAGUGCCUUUUAUUGCGCCAGAGUCUCUGGUAUUUACUUAGUUUCUUGCUUGUGUUGGCAGUCGUGGCCAAAGGAGGAUUCAGACAACGUUCCGUACUUUCUUGAUGGUUUCUACUGUUCGAUAUUGUAACCUGCUAACUUUGUUUGGGCUCAUGCACGUUAUUCAAGGACGUGGAGCAUGCCUCACAAUAUGAGGGAGCAGCAUCUGACACACAAACAAUCAGCACUAAGGAGCAGCGUCUGCCUCACAACCAAUCAGCAUGAGGGAGCAGCGAAGAACAGCUUUGUUUACAGUCAGAAAGAGCGGGACGCUCAAAAAUUUUAAAAUGUUGACAACACAAACAUAACAGAACACAGAAAUAUCAUUAUAUUCCCAAAUGUAAUCAAUAACUAAUAGCUAUUGACUGAUAUUACAAGCUUUUUUGUUUAUACACCACAAAAAAGGAUGCUUUCUUAACGGAAUCCUGCCUACCCCACCUUUAAGUUUUGGGUUUAAUUUUGGGUAUGGUUUAAUUUCACAAUGUUGAAUCUAACUUUAUUUUCAAGAAAUCCCUGGACUCCUCUCAACCAUGUGGCAAACACUGGCCCAGGCCAACAACCACCAGUCCGUCCCCACGACAACAGGAAGGAGUGACAGUUAUGCUGGGUACACACACUACCAACCCCCAACAACCAACCAGGAUGGGGACUUCAGCCCACAUGUUUACAUCCAGCAGCUCCAGGAGGAGCUGAGUGGGGACAUGUCUGAGUCCUGGGGCCCACUUGGCUCUGACAGCGAGGAAAUGCCAGUUGGAGCAGAUCUGGGCCUAGGGAGCCACAUGGCUGAGGAGGCACCACUUUGCAGUCAAACUGAUAUGGAGGAGCUGAGGAGAAGUUGCUCUGAGAGCCAGUGCACCAGUGGACACGUUAAUGGACAGGUAGAGACAUGCCUCGACCAAUUUCUACUUCAUUUGUUUGAUCCCAUUUUGAGUUCUUUGCCCACAUCUGUGUCUGAUCAUUUUUAUGAAUAGGCUUUUCAACGGCUGGUAGUCAUUUGGUUAUCUGCUAACAUACAUGUAUUGAACACAUUUACCUUACCUGCUCCCUCCAGGUGAGCCAGGUGGAGGUCUAUCCCGGCUCUGGUGUCCUCUGUGAUGCCCGCUCAUGGCAGGCAGCCAGUCAGGCCCAGUCUCCAACUGCAAUGGCGCGAACACUUUUGAUGGGUGUGUUUGAUAUGAACACUCUGAUGAACAGUAACCUUAGAGGUGGACGGAGUCGCCGGCCAGCUUUCCACCCACAACGCAGCGCACUCGAUCCACGCAAGAUCAACGCAAUCUUCAGUGAGUUAAGAUAGAUUUCAUCAUUAUCUGAUUAUCUGACCUUAACUUCCUUUAAAAGUAUUCCUGUCUUUGUUUUUCAGAUGCCAUCUUGGCUCGGUUUCCUCUCGCCAAGAGAGGAGUCAUUGGCUCAGGCAUCAACUCCAAACUGUCUGAGAUACGUUUCCGAUCCCGCAAAGCCAAUCGUGAUCCACGGUUUCUCUGACAGAAGUCUUGCUGGUCUGCAAACUUAACAUCGAUGUGAACACCACAGUCUUCCUCUGUUGGACUAUGAGGAGCUUACAGGUGGACUGACAGUUCAGUUUUAAACUGCUCUCCAUAUUAAUCUGUGUUCCCAUGACCACCCAGUAAUCUGCAGUUUAUUGCUUCAAAGAAACACAAAGUGUCUGCAAAAAAGACACAAAACUACCUCAUAGAGACUCAAAAACACCACAAAGACGCAAACUGACCAAAAUGAUUCACAAUGUUAAAUGACCACAAAGACAUGACUACAAAAUUUGGGACACAGCAACAAGAAGAACUAAACAACCUCAUGAAGAAGUCAACAAAGACAUUAACACAAAAUUACCUUCUACAAUUAUACCCUCAAUUCCAAAAUAGCGGGGAUGUCAUGGAAAAUACAUUGGGCUCUAUUUUGAUGCCUUGCCGGAGACGUGACGCAGGUGCGGCGUAAGUCAGGUCCGCUGCGCCAACCAGGCGUUCCCAAGCACAAUUUGGUAUUUUGGUGAGCGGCGCAGCCAGGCGUAAGUAUCCCCCCUCCCUAACUCAGCUCCUCCUAGCGGCGUAAGUCGUAGCAAGGGAGGAGAGAGGGCGUGGAGUGGGUUUAACACAGCCGAGACCUGUAUUGACCAAUAACAUCACCUCCUCUCCUUGCCUUUAAAUCCGCCACCGGCGAGGCGUAUUACUAUUUUUGUGAAGUAGUCAAAGAGACCAUGAGAUUUCUGAAGACAAUAAUGCCACAUGAUGGCGACAGAAGGCAGCCCCUCAACAAGUGUCACUGUAAGCGCUGCAGAGGGAGUCUUUCACACUGUCUCAUAUGAGCACAGAUGGAUUUGGUGUGUGUAAGUUUGGACCCACUAGUAAGACAAACACCCUUUCCACAUAUAAAGACACUCACAUAAAGUUGCACAUAUUCAAACCUCACGUGACAAAGGUGGGUUGUGCACAGAGAUCACAUCAUAAACUCCAAUAAUGGCAUUAAAAUCAGAACCAUCUGUGUGUAAAUGACGCAUCGCGCUCUGUGGCCUGGCUCUUUCUUUCAUAGAUGUUGGCAUAUGAAAUAAAUUUUGCUCACAAAACUGAAUAUUAUAAUAUUCGUAAGUCGGCUCAAGUAAAUAACUCAUCUGAUCACUGAAACAAAUCAUCUGUUUAGCCGCUGCAGUAGGAUGGGGAGAGGACACGGAGACAUGUCCAGGUCGAGCUGCGCGAGAAAUAAAAGGAAGAGGAAGAAAGAAAAGGAGGGAGACAAAUUACAUAUCUUGUUAACUUCAUCAUGUGUGUCUAUUUACUAGAUAUUAAAUUUAAUUUAAUGCGGUUUUCAGUUUUUGUUGAUUAUUUAUUGCACUGAAAUGUGCCUGACACUGUGGGAACCUGCCGGUGAGGCAUCAGUGACGUAUGCCUAUACGCCGCCGGUCUACCAAAAUACCACUAGACUAGCUUCGCUGACCAGGUUUGAAUCGGCUUUCCAACCAUGAACCCUGAAGCGCACUUUUUAUGCCACCGGCAGCCACGAAAAUGUCACUGCGCCAGCUGAUUCUGUCGACACCUCCCUCUGCCACACCACCACGCCCAGGUGGUGGAUCUCGGUGCGCCUCAGUCCAUGAAAAUACCAAACUGGCUGUAUGCCGGGCUCUGCCAGACGAAAAUACCACUGUGCGGGGUCCGCCACCCUUCGCCGCCUCGACGGCGAACAUGAAAAUAGAGCCCAUGGUGUUUGUAUGUCAUUUAAAAUAUAUACUUGCUUGAAAAUAGCAUAAAGACAAAAUGUCAGGUAUUGAAACUGAAAUUUUGGUACUGGCAACACAUUUCACAGAAAAUAAGGAGAGGUACAACAAAACAUAAAAAAGUUUUGACAUGCCUCAAAAUACCUUGAGAAACUUUUCCCUACCAGUUGGAUUAGUCUCCAACAGGUUAGUCACAUAACUGAGUAUAAAUAGAGCGCUCUAAGAAAGCUAAGACUCUCUGAAGUAAAGUUGCAAGAGGUUUAACACUCUUGUUUGGGACUGCGUGGGCAUGCAGUGCAACAGUUAGAGAAAAUGUUCUUUUGUAUGAAACAUAGACUGUAUAUACUAAGGACAACUUGGUCCUGCCUUCCACCAGUAUACCGAUUUGAAGCCAAAAAGCUCUCGGUAAUUCUGUUUUCUCUCCAUUUCCUGAAACCAACAUUGCGCAGUAGCGUUGUACGCUCUCCACCACUUGCGCAGUAGCAUUGUACGCAUUUGGCAGGAGAGUCGCUGUGAUGACGCUCGGCUCCAACAGCGUAUACCCCGGUGAGCUACGCAAUCCUCUUAUGCCCAUAGGCUGUAUCAGGUGUCAAUCAUAGAAAACACCUCCUAAUAAAUUCUAAAAACGAGCUGUACAAAAAAAGGGGACUUGAGCACAAACCAGUCUUACAGUAACUACAUGUCAACUUUGCAACCGGGGGGGAAAAAUUAUGUUCUGUGUAAUAAAUUUCUAAAGUUUGUCAACAGCCCCAUAAGCUUUACUGGCAGAGGGCCGCAUUCAUGACUUAUACUGCAGCCCGUCAACAGAGGGUGCUGUUCUCGGAGUGGCUUCACCCAGCGAGAAGGCACACGCUGUCCAUUCUAUAUACAGUCUAUGUUAUGAAAUUUAAAGAAUUUGGGGAUUUUACAAUUUACGAUACGUUGUCAUUAAAUGAUUCAGAGAAUCUUGAGAAAUCUCUGUACAAAAAUGAUAAGGUUAAAAACCAAUACCUGAUGGCUCUGAUCCGUGGGCACUCCGGCAGCACUGCUUUAAAAUCAGACAUGACUGUAGUGGAAAUCACUGCAUUAAAAAACCAUUGUCUGUGUAUACAGUUUGUUUCUGCAUGAUUAUAUGCUGGUUAAAAUUUGAUUAUAUAAAAAAAUGAACAUAAUCCAGAAAUGCCAGAAACCUACCCAGGUUUGAGCCCGUUAAAGAACAAAUCAAAACCUGACAGUCUUUUUUGGAAAUCAUGGAUACCACAUCCUCUGCUCUAAAGAGGGCUCACCUUUUUUUUUUUUUUUUCUUAAUCAAUGCACUGAUCAAAAGCAGUAUCUAGGAUAGGAUAGUUAAGUCUGCUCCUGAGACAGCAUGAUUAAUACUAAUGUACAGGUUUAGAAGCAACAUAUGCUGCUAUCCAGACAAUGAGUUUUAAAUCGAAAACUUACAUAUUUCAACAAGACAAUGACAAACCAUAUUUUACAACAGUACGACUCUGUAGAGGAGAGUCCAGCCUAACUGCACUUUGGACUUGUCACCUAAUGAAAGUAUUUGGUGCAUCAUAACGUGAAAAUUAUGAGAAAGGAGAUUCUGAAGUGUUGAUCAGCGAAUGUCCUACAUCAGGAAAGUACUGACGAGUUGCCUUUGCACGAUUACUAUUUCAUAGGUAAAAGGUUUGCAAACCAUCAAAUUGUGUUUUUAUCAACAUCUUCACACAGCAUCCUGACUCUUUUGGAAUUUGGAUUUUACUGCACAGAUAACUAGAAAAUUCCCUUUCCCUUUGGGAAAUUUUGAAAGGGCCAUGGGGGCUACUCCUGGGAUGUAUAUAUUAUGAUGAGAUUCUCCAGAGAUUUCAAAUAAUAAAUACUAGUAGCAAUGUGAUACUAUAUACAAGAAUCACACCUACAACAAACAUUUAUUUUUCAAGUAUUUAUUUAUACAACAGAAAAAAAAUCUUUGUAUCAGCCUCAAUGAGGAGCAGAGAGAGACAAUGCCACAUUUAGAGGCUCAGUGUUUAAAUUCUGUAAGUCGCUCUGCUUAGAUGAACACAUCAUCAGAGACAGAACAAGUGUGUCUAAAACUGUGGGAAAAACAAUGCAUGCAGAGUGUAAUUUGUGGCCAGAAGAAGCGUGGAAAGAGAAAAGUUUCAGACAAUUCCAGGCACUCUAGCCGAUGAUGUCACCCACUCUGGCAUGAACAUUCCAUGCAAAACACACCCAUUGUAAUCUAAAAGACUUGUGUCUACAUUUUAAAGUUUGAAUGAAAUCUUUAGGUGAAACGAUGCCUAGCUGAUAGUUCUUUCUUUUUUGGCUUUUCCCAUUCCCGACUUAUUUGGUGAAAAAUUCACAUACAGUAGAGAAAUCCUGAUCAAACCACACGUUUUGAUUCUCUACUUGUCCUACAACUCUUCAAGCUGUAGGACAAGUAGAGAAUCAAAAUUUGUCCAGAAGAGGAAUGAAAAAAAAUUCUCAGUAUAACAAUAGUGCCUCGGGGCCUUGCACCGUGGCCCUAAUAAAGGUGUAGAUAAAACUAUAGACAGCCUCCAAGACCUCCCUCAGAGAACCGAAUGACCUCAAGAGACUUUUCUUGACCACAAAGACAUGACUUUAAAGGACUUGCUUGUGUCGGUUUUUGUUGUAAUUUCAUCUGUCAGGACAGUCUUUGAUUUUUUUUAAACUUCUUUAUAUGUAUUUACUGUAUGUGUUGCAGAAUUGUUAAGAUAUUGCGUGAAGUGACGUGUUUUUGUCAUGUCAGAUGUGUAAAUAAAGCAUCAAUCAGUAUCAAUGAACUCUG